AUGUCUCUGUCUCUGGUUGCUCCAACAACCUUUGCUCUGAAGCUGAAGAUCCACUGCAACGGUUGCGAAAAGAAGCUGAAACAGAUGCUGCUGAAAGUGCAGGGGGUGCAUUCGGUUCGGGUGGAUGCAAAGCAGGGGCAUGUUCUCAUUACUGGCACGGUUGAUCCUCCCACGAUUCUCACGAUGCUGGAGAAGCUCGGGAGAAAAGCCGAGCUUCUGUGGGAGCAAGGCUCUCCCGCUUCUCCCACCACUAUCAGGGAUCGUGGUAAAGAUGUAGAGAUUGUAACACGAUCGUUGAAGGGGAUUAAGCCCCUGAUGAGUUAUCAGGACAUCAUGGAAAACCCGGGACAGUUGUCUGAGAUUCCAGGGCUGCAGACUGUGGAAGUGACCAGCACAAUAAAGUUCGGUUUCAAGAAUGGUAGUGUUGCAGAGAUUAGCAGUGCCCGUGAUGAUGCUAAACCCCUCGUGCUCCCUCCUCCUAGCCCGGGCCACCACGGUUGUUUUCAUGGCAAUGGAUAUUUCGAGAGUUGUGGUAUGAACAGCCACAAUAACUGCUGUCACUGGCACUCCCCGGGGGUAGCCUUUGGGCGCAAUGUUUCCCCACCAGGACCAGCCCCGCCAUGGCAAUUCGGUUUUCCAUCUGCACCUCCCGUGCCAUCUGAUUAUGAACCAUCAACACCCUCACAGCCUCCACAGCCAGCACCGGUCAGGGCUAAUACAUACCCCAGCAUGUUUAGCGACGAAAAUCCUAACAGCUGCACAAUUAUGUAA